AGCUUUUUGUUCGCGGCUCCAGGGGGUACGCUGGUAGACUCUUUCGCGUCCCUUCACGAUGGGGCAGUUUUCGAGCCAUGCUUUUGUUCUAGGGUGCGGCGCCGCAGCCGGCCCCGCGCCGCCCUCCCUGGCGAGCGGCGCGGGCAGCGCGGGCCGCCCAGCGCCGGCGUCGAGGCCAGCUCGGCCGAGGCAGCCCGUGCGUGGCCUCUCGGGCGCGGUCCUCGUGGCGACCGCCGCGGCCGCCGCGUGCGGUACGCGCCGUGGCAGGCGAAGGCGCGCCCAGCUGCGGGCCAAGGGCAAGGCAGCGGGCGAGGCGACCGUCACCGUGAGGCCGACAUUUGACUUCGCGUUCUGGGCCGAGAACGCGGAAGAGGAGCAGGGGCCGGUGGUGCUCACAACGCUCUUGUCUAAGUCAGGAGAUGCCGAGGGGGCCGCCAAGUACCAACAGCAGCUUGACGAUCAUCGCCACGCCCAGGCCGAGGCCACCAUCACUAUCGGCCAGGCCACGCAGCGGGUCGAGGAGCAGGCGGAGGCCCAGAGGCGCAAAGAGGAGUUGCCGCGGCAGUUCACGGAGGCUGCCAAGGCCUGCUUCAGCGAUGUCAAGACGCACAAUGGCUGCGGCUGCGAGGACCGCAUGCUGGACCCCAACGGCAGCUACGAUAGCAGUGGCAGCGAGGCCGAGGGCGCAGGCGUCAUGAGGGGCGAUUGCCGCGAGGAGACGUCGGGCGGCGUGACCAGCCCAGGGCAGGGCCCGAAUACCAGCUUCGAGCUGCCCUCGACAUUCGCCAAGCUGGCCCCCGGCGACGAUGCGACUGGAUUGCCGGCCCAUCAUGCUCAGGGCCAGCGCCCCCCCGUCGGGCCGCUUGGUCGCCGGCGAGAUAGCCUCGCCGACGUCCAAUGGGCCCGGGCUUGCGAGGGCAACCUGCUGGACUCUGACGACAGCGGCAUCGAGGGCAACGGCGCCCGCAUCUACGUGGGCCAGGGCGGGGGCGAUAGCCAAGAGGACAUCAUGCAGCACCUGUACAUCGACGAUCGCAGCAUCUUCAGCAGCGCGAACCACGGCAGGUGCGACGGCCGAGAAGGGAUCAUUGAGCACCUGUCUUUCGACGAUUGCCGCGACGAGGAGCGCGGGGACUAG